AUGGCGAUCACUGAACUGAUUUUCCCAUGUGUCAAACCUGACCCAGCUACACUUGAGGCACUCGAGCGAGACUGGCCCAAGUUGAGCAAAGGAUUGACUGUUCCUAAUCCUGGCAUUAUCGACGCAUUUCGUGGAUGGAUUGUGACAGAAGAUGGGUUGGAUGUAAGAAAUGCCUAUAGAGAAAUUCUUCUUUUUGAGUGGAACUCAGUCGACUCUUUCCGAGCUUUCGUCGGCUCGGAACAAUAUGCUGCUUUUGCUGGCUCCAUCAAGCAUCUGUUGACUGGGCCGCCUACCUUACAAUUGUUCGAAACAAAGUUCUCCCCAGGAGAAGCAGCUUCGGCAUCUUUGGUUGAAAUAAUUCGGGUUGGGGUCUCCAAUUCUGAGAAUGUGGAGGAAACACUUCGAGUGUGGGAGAAGGCAACCCGUCAUUUAAAUUUGAAUGGGGAUGGCACGACUUUCACCUAUGGCAAGAGCUUGAACCUUGAAGAAGAUGUCAUUAUGGCUGUCAUAGGAUGGCAAAACUUGGAGGAACAGCGUGACAUGUCUGAAAACAAGAUUUGGUUAGAGAUACUGGAGUCUUUCAAGUCGCUUGGCAAAGUGUCACGGAUCACUGUAGAGAUUGAGGCAAUGGACCUGGGUACAGAUGUGUUGUAA